AUGAAGUUCGGCAGGACGAUUAAAACGUCCCUGUAUCCCGAAUGGUCUUCGCAGUAUCUGCAGUACUCUGAUCUGAAGAAGCAGAUCAAGAAGCGGAUCGCCGACAACAACGGCACUUGGUCCGACAAGGAUGAGGACGAGUUUGUCGAGGAGCUGCGCCAAGAGCUCGACAAAGUCUACUCGUUCCAAAAGAGCAAGGUUUCUGAGCUCACGGGCCGCAUCGAGCAGGUGAACUCGGAGGUGAACCUGCUGCUGUCGUCGCGCAACUCGGAGGCCUCGCUCGCCUCGCACGGUGAGCAGAGUGAGCAGGGCGAGCAGUCGGCGCGCCCUCACCAUCACCACCACCACCACCACCACCACCAUGACCAGCAGGGCCCCCACCGCGACGCGAUGUACGAGGCGCGCGACAACGCCGGUUCGGACGACGAGUUCGACAGCGACAACGACGAAUCGGACGCGCAGGAGGAUCACUUCCUCGACCUCGAGGAGCAGCUUGCCAGCAUCAUUGCCGACGUGCACGACCUUGCGCUCUUCACCAAGCUCAACUACACCGGUUUCCUAAAGAUUGUCAAGAAGCAUGACAAGCAGACUGGCCGUCUGCUGCGCAAGGAGUUUGUGCAGCACUACCUGAGCACGCGUCCCUUUUACAAGGAGAACUACGAUGCGCUGAUCGUGAAGCUGUCCAAGAUGUUUGACGUUGUGCACACGCGCGGCAACCCCGUGCAGGGUGACUCGAGUGCCGGUGGCUCCCAGAGUGCGUUUGUGCGUCAAACGACCAAGUACUGGGUGCACCCCGACAACAUUGUGCCGCUGAAGCUCUUCAUCCUGAAGCACCUCCCCGUCCUUGUGUUCAACUCGGAGAAGGAGUACCAGACCGAGGACAGCGCGAUCACCUCGAUCUACUACGACAACGAGGACCUCGAGCUGUACCUGGGUCGUCUGGAGAAGACGGAGGGUGCCGAAGCCAUCCGUCUGCGUUGGUACGGUGGUAUGGACAACAAGACCAUCUUUGUCGAGCGCAAGACCCACCGUGAGGACUGGACUGGUGAGAAGAGUGUCAAGGCGCGUUUCCCCAUCAAGGAGGACAAGGUGAACGCGUUCAUGCGCGGUGACUUCCGCAUGAACGACACCUUUGAGGAGAUGCGCAAGAAGGGUAAGAAGUCGGACAAGGAGAUCGACUCGAUGCUCCAGCUUGCGAGUGAGGUGCAGUACAGCAUCCUCUCGCGCAAGCUGCAGCCGGUGAUGCGCUCUUUCUACAACCGCACGGCCUUCCAGCUGCCCGGCGAUGCGCGUGUGCGUAUCUCGCUCGACACCGAGCUCACGCUCGUGCGCGAGGACAACUGGGACGGUGUGCAGCGUGCCGGCGACAACUGGCGCCGCAUGGACAUUGGCAUCGACUAUCCCUUUGAGCAGCUGCCUGCUGCGGAUGUUGAGCGCUUCCCCUACGGUGUGCUCGAGGUGAAGCUGCAGACGCAGAUGGGCCAGGAGCCGCCCAAGUGGGUGCGUGAGCUGGUGAACAGCCACCUGGUCGAGGCCGUGCCCAAGUUCUCCAAGUUUAUCCACGGCUGUGCGACGCUGCUGUCGAACCGCGUGGACCUCGUGCCCUUCUGGCUCCCCCAGAUGGACACUGAUAUCCGCAAGCCCGUGUCGAUGGACCUUGCGCUGGACCGCCCCCAGCACUCGUCCAAGAGCUCCGAGACGAGCGGUCACAAGAUGCCGCACUACGAGCCCGUGUCCGAGGACGAGUUUGAGGACAACGAGGACGAGGAGAACGUGAGGCACAUUGCCGAUGCCAAGCAGGAGGCCGAGAACGUGGGUCUCUCUGCGCUCGACCCCCGCAUCAAGGAGAUCCGCGAGCAGCGUGAAAAGUACCUCGUCGAGCACCGCAAGGAGUCGGAAGGCGCGCAGAGCGAGGCGUCCAAGGCGCCGACCAAGGCCCCCCCGCGCCCCUCGCAGAGCCAGAUACGUGUCCAGGCCACGCGCCAGGACAUUCUGUCGCCGGCCAACGUCUUUGAUAAGAACUACUUGAACCGCCUCGGCCUGAAUAAUAUCACCAAGCUCUGGCACCACAGCAAGCCUUCGGCUGCCCAGGACGAGGCGCCGGAUGCCGAGAACGAGGCCGACGAGCGCGCCAUUGCCGCGCUCCAGGGCCGCGACGAGGAGGAGCCGCGCGGCUCGGCCAGCGGUCCCCCCGCCGGCGUCGAGUACGUCACCUCCUUCCACGCCGAGCCCGGCAAGCGCGUCUCGGUCCCGAUCCGCGUCGAGCCCAAGGUGUACUUUGCGAACGAGCGCACCUUCCUCAAGUGGCUCGAGUUCAGUGUGCUCAUGGCCUCGAUCGCGACUGGUCUGCUGAACUUCCAAAAGGCCGGCGACCUCGCGGGCCUGGUCACCUCGACCAUCUUUACGGUCGUCGCGCUCUUUUCGGUGGCCUACUCGGGUGUCCUCUACAUGUGGCGUGCGCUCAAGAUCCGCGAGCGCAGCUCGUCGAACGUCUACUUUGACUCGUACGGACCCACGUUCCUCUGCUUCGCGAUCCUCUCCGCGACGCUCGUCAACUUUGUCAUGCGCUACUUUGAGUCGAGCGAGGAGCGCGUUUUGCGUGGCCUGCUGAACUAA